AGGUUUUAGAGCGCCAGAGAAAGAGGGACUGUGUGGAAACUGACUGUUGUCGGAGGAGGAACAAGACCAUACACAUAUAUAACCUUUAAUUUAUAUUAGUGCUGGACACAAUAAGCGGAUAAUUCAUAGGAGAAGAAGAAGAAGAAGCGUACACCGUCAUCCGACCACCAGAGCAGAGGACAGCUCUCUGCCGCCAUGACUUCACACAACCUGAGCGGAGUGAAACGGGAGGAGAAGGGGAGAAACAUCCAGGUCGUUGUCAGAUGCAGGCCUUUCAACACGAUGGAGCGCAAGUCGUCCUACGGGGUCAUCGACUGCGACUCAAACAGGAAGGAGGUGAUGGUGAGGACGGGAGGAAUGAACGACAAAGCCUCACGAAAGACCUACACCUUCGACAUGGUUUUUGGUCCAGCUGCCAAACAGAUUGAAGUGUACAGGAACGUUGUGUGUCCCAUUCUGGAUGAAGUCAUUAUGGGAUACAACUGCACUGUUUUUGCCUACGGUCAGACCGGAACAGGAAAGACGUUCACCAUGGAGGGAGAGAGAAGUCCAAACGAGCAGUUCACCUGGGAGGAGGACCCUCUGGCAGGAAUCAUCCCCAGGACACUGCACCAGAUCUUUGAGAAGCUUUCUGAGAAUGGCACAGAGUUUUCAGUCAAAGUCUCCCUGCUUGAGAUCUACAACGAGGAGCUGUUCGACCUGCUGAGCCCCACCGAGGACGUCAACGAGCGGCUGCAGCUCUUCGACGACCCUCGCAACAAGCGAGGCGUGGUGGUGAAGGGCCUGGAGGAGGUGACGGUUCACAACAAAGAUGAAGUUUAUCAGAUCCUGGAGAGAGGAUCAGCCAAGAGGAGGACGGCCUCCACGCUCAUGAACGCCUACUCCAGUCGCUCCCACUCCGUCUUCUCGGUCACCAUCCACAUGAAGGAGAUCACUCUGGACGGAGAGGAGCUGGUGAAGAUCGGCAAACUCAAUCUGGUGGAUCUUGCUGGCAGUGAGAACAUCGGGCGUUCAGGUGCGGUGGACAAGCGAGCUCGCGAGGCGGGAAACAUUAACCAGUCUCUCCUGACGCUGGGCAGAGUCAUCACCGCUCUGGUGGAGAAACGGCCUCAUGUCCCGUACAGAGAGUCCAAGCUGACCAGAAUCCUGCAGGACUCACUGGGAGGUCGAACAAAAACCUCCAUCAUCGCCACCGUGUCUCCGUCCUCCAGCAACCUGGAGGAGACUCUGAGCACGCUGGAGUAUGCCAGCAGAGCCAAGAACAUCAUGAACAAACCUGAGGUCAACCAGAAACUCACCAAGAGGACGCUCAUCAAGGAAUACACCGAGGAGAUCGAGCGUCUGAAGCGUGACCUGGCCGCCACUCGAGACAAGAACGGAGUUUAUCUGUCUUCAGAAAACUACGAGAGUAUGAUGGGUCAGAUCACCUCUCAGGAGGAGCAAACAACAGAGUGGACUGAGAGGAUUGCAGCCAUGGAGGAGGAGCUCAGGAAGGUGAGCGAGCUGUUCGAGGACAGUAAAUCCAAACUGGAGCAGUGUGCCGUGGAGCUGGACGAGAAGCAGCAGAGGCUGGAGGAGACGAGUCAGGACCUGCAGCAGACCAAAGAGAAGCUGAGUGAGGAGGAGUUCAUCAGCUCGGAGCUCAGCUCGGUCCAGACGACCCUGUACAGCACCGCCGGACAGCUGCUGAGUACAGCCGACGCCAGCACCAGUGACGUGUCGGGUCUCCAUGACAAGCUGGACCGCAAGAAAAAGGUGGAGCAGCACAACAGUCAGAUCCAGCAGAGUUUUGCUCAGCGGAUGGACGGAGCGUUCAGCGACAUGCAGCGCCGCGUCCAGCAGCAAGGAGCCAAACACCACGACAUGCUGAGCAGCUACUCUCAGGCCGUGGACGGUUUGCUCGUGAUGAACGAGGCGGUGCUGAAGGGAGCUCUGACCUCCAUGGAGUCCUUGGUGGGGGGAGUCGGGCAGCUGGUGGCCGAGGGUGUCGCUCGCUGUUGGGACAAAGUGCAGCAGCAGGAGGCGCUGUGUCUGCAGGACAAGGAGAGCGUGCUGCAGCUGCUGGAAGAGCAUCGGCAGGACAUGGAGGAGGUCCUGGUGGGUCGGACUCUGAUGGGUCUGUCAGCAGCCAAGGAGCUGAACGACAGCCUGAGAGCCGCCGUGGACACGCAGCGAGCUCUGGCUGAUAAGGUGGAGGCGAUGAAGGAGGUGGGUGUGUUCUUCAGCGGCUUGGUUCAGGAGCUGGCUGGGCUGAGGGAGGCCGCCGUGACGGGGCUGAGCUCGCUGCAGGCUGAACAGGACGAGCUGGAGGACAAGAUCAGGCGGGCUCAGGAGAGACACCAGACGGGUAUGAAGCAGACCAUCCAGUGCCUGCAGGACCAGCUCAACCUGCUGUCCAUGGAGGCUGAGAAGGACUUCACUGAUCUGCGCUCUGCCUCCAGAUCUCUACAGAAACCUCUGCAGGUCCUGCAGGAGAACAUCAGCAGCGGCUGCGGUUCAGUGGAGCGUCAGGCCUCGGUCCAGGCUGACCUCCUCUCCUCCACCUCCUCCUCUCUGGCCUCCUCUCUGCGUCAGACGGCUGACGAGAGCCAACAGACGCUAGAGGAGAUGUCGGGCUGCUGCGCCCACCUCCACAGCUCUGUGUCUGGUCUGGUUGAACGUGACCUCCACUGGAGCUCCAGAGUCAGGGAGCAUGCAGAGAGUCAAGCCCAGGAAAACCUCUCAGUGAUGGGGACGAUUUCAACCGAAGUUCAGACUCUUCAUCAGAACGUCCAGACUCGCUGCACUGAACAGCUCCGAGCUGCCGAGCAGGAGCUGUCCGGUCGGCAGGAGGAGGUGAAGCGGUCUCUGACGGCCGUACAGGACCAGACCGCCGAGAACCGGACGGUCCUGGACCAACAUCAGGCUGAGCUCCAGGACCACAUGGAGACGUGCCAGCAGCUGGUCCACGGCUUCCUGCAGGAGGAGCUGCAGCAGGACGUUCCCACCGGUGCGACGCCUCAGCGGCGAGAGUUUGUGUAUCCGAGGAAGCUGAUGAAGUUGCAGAGCCGCAGCGAGCUGCUGGAGAGCCUGAGGAGGCAGCAGGAGGAGCUGCAGGCCGCCAUGGAGGAGGAGGAGCUGGACGAGGAGGAGGAAGAGGACAAACACAGCCAGGUCGACCACGACUCUCUGGAAGAGGAGCUGAGCACUUGUAACGAAAGCGUGGCCACAGAGCCGUCCUUCAUCGACGAGAACCUCGUCUUCAACGAGAGCAAACGCGUUCCAUUCUUCAAGAAGAAGAAGGGCGGUAAGAAGGAAACAAAGAUCCCCGCCAGGCCGAAAGCAUCAGAUACCGACACUGCGUCCACGCCUCAGAAGUCCAGACUCCCGCUCCGCUGUCAGAACUAAAACCGUUUCAAUCCUCUUUUUAAACUGUUGUUGUUUUUUAACUCUGUAAUAUUUCUAAUAAUCGUGUAUUCUAAGUGUGAGGAUGUUGUUUCAUGAGCUGUCAGUUGUUGUAGUAUCAGAACUGUCUUGAUAUUUUCAAGUUGCUUGUAAAAUUAAAGAGAUUUAUACUUGUUUUAUACUUA